UUCGUAUCGUACGGCUGAGAUCGGUGUAAUACAAGUAAACUUAAUCAUAUCAAUUUAAUAAUAAGCAUUCUUAAACGUAAAAUAGUAAAGAGAAUAUCGAUAGUUAACGCAAAAUGAUUAUUAUGGAUAUGUAUGAGACGGCGAGUUGGUGGACGUUAGCUAUCGCUGUCCAGAUUGUUAUCGGAUCUAUAUUCUUAUGGCGAAAAAAAAUAAAAAAACCUGAAGUAAUUUUGACUCAAGAGAAAUUGUUUCAAUGGAAACCUUUGCCUUUAAUAGAUUGUGACAUUUCUGUGGAUGAACCUCCUAUGAUGGGUAAAAUUGAUGAAAAUGUGCUUAAUGUUGGUGCUACCAGUUUCCUGUGCCUGGAUAAGGAGCAGUCUAUCAUGGAUAGUGCUAUUAACUCAUUGCAUAAAUAUGGAGUUGGAUCCUGUGGCCCGAGAGGAUUUUAUGGUACAAUAGAUGUGCAUUUAGACCUUGAAGAAAGACUGGCAAAGUUUUUACAAGUAGAAGAGACUUGUGUGUACUCAUAUGGAUUUUCAACUAUUGCAAGUGCUAUUCCAGCUUAUGCUAAGAAGGGUGAUAUCAUUUUUGCAGAUGAAAAAGUGUGGUUUGCUAUUCAGCAAGGUUUUGAAGCUGCCCGUAGUACUGUCAAAUAUUUUAAGCACAACAACAUGGAUGACCUAGAAAGACUUUUACAAGAGGCAGCUGACAAGAAACAAUUGAAUCCAAAAAGGCGAGCAUUUCUUGUUGCUGAAGGGAUUUACUUUAACACAGGAGAGAUGUGCCCACUAAGGCGGCUGGUUGAACUUGCUAGAAGAUUUAAGUUAAGGAUAAUAUUGGAUGAAAGCUUAACCAUUGGGGUUCUAGGUAAACACGGUCGUGGGCUGACAGAGUAUUUAAAUGUGCCUCGAGAUGAGAUCGACCUCAUAAUUGGCUCUCUCGAACAUUCAUUUGCAACAAUUGGUGGUUUCUGCGCAGGAACCCAUUUCAUUGUUGAACAUCAGAGGUUAUCUGGUUUAGGAUACUGCUUCAGUGCGUCACUCCCUCCAAUGCUGACGCAAGCGGCAAUAUCUUCCCUCGACAUUAUGGAAAAGCAGCCCAGCAUUAUGUCUGAACUUGUUGAUAACUCAAGGAAACUUAAUAGGGCUUUGAAAAACCUUAAACACUACACAUUCCGGGGUUUGGACGUGUCGCCAAUAAAACAUAUUUAUCUCAAAGACAAUUUACCAGAUACGUUGAAGACGGGCUAUCUCCGAAACAUAACGAAUUACUGCCUUAACAGAGGAAUAGCGUUUACAGUGUCAGCGUAUCUGCGUGACGUGGAAGUCAGUUGUCCAGAGCCAUCUAUUCGAUUGGCCUCGAGCAGGAAGUUAAAUGAGAAAAAUAUUGCCUUAAUUUGCUCCUUACUCGAUGAGGCAUAUGAAAAGGUUGGGCCCAAAGCCGGAGAAAAACUAAUGAAUUAGGUAAGACCUGUGUAUCAGAUACAUAAUUCAAACUACGACUCUUAAUUCUUCCCUAAAUACUAUACACUUCUGAGUAUAAACGAGAAAUUGUUAUUUUAUUUAUUGGUCAACUUACACCUGUUAUUAAUAACCAAAAUAAAGUACAUAAAACAUAAUAAAGUUUAUUUACAAAUAUAUUCAAAAAGGUUAAAAAAUAUAGGUAAGAAUGAAGAUUAGCUUAUAAGAGAAAAUAAAUUAAAGAUUCAUGCUAGCGGUUAAGUAAAAAAUGUAAAAUAUGGUUAGAAUUUGUGGCAAUUAUCAACGUUAUUAUGGCAACACUUCAAAAGACCUAAAUCUAAUAUCAAUGUGUUAUCCACAUUAGUCUCUCACUGGCCACGAUUGCUGGAACUUACAAAAAAACGUCGAUAUAUGUUAUGUAAUAAAUUCGCGUAUUAUUUAAAUAAUUCCACUAAAAACUAUGAUGAAUAUAUUUUAUUUAUUUUGACACUUAAAAUGUUUCCGUGAUUUUGACAAAGGAAAAUGCGUUAGCGUCAAACUGGAAGCAGUCACAAUGUCCGUGGAAAAUAUGUACGGUGUUAGGAAAUAUAUAACACUAAAAGAUUUUACAGAAAUUAUAACUAAUUAAUAAUAAUAAUUUAUUUAAGCAGACAAUCAUGAGGGCAAAUGAUCAUUAAUGUGUUAAAGUCACACUUUGUCAAACUCAUGGUCUACAGAUAACUAAAUUUUAUAAAGCCUUUGGCGUAAGUGUCAAUCUAAUCUGUAGAUAGAUUGUCUUUAUACACUAUGAAACGUUAUUAAAGAUUAUGAACAAAUAAACAAAUGAUUCGAUAACUAUAGGUUUUAAUAUAUUAUCUAUGAAUAGGUAUAACCUUAAAAUUUAUUCGGAAAAUCAUCAUCGGUACAUACCAUUGACAUUUGUGUAUUUUGCAUUUAUAUUAUUAUUGUGUCACACAUUUAUUUAAUGUUUUUAUAUAAGAUUAAGUAUUUUUAUAUUAAUUUUGUUAUAUUUGAAAAUGUUUUUGUGAAAUUGUUUAUAUGAAAAAUAGGAUUAAAUAAAUAUGCCUUAUGUAUUAAUAUAUUUAAUGUGCACAAAUAACGAACUAUCCUCGCGUCUAUGUAUUUCUAGGUUCAUUUGUCUAGAUUAAAUAUAGAAUAUUAUUCUUUUGAUACUAACUUGUUUUAUUUAUGCUCCAAUCAGCCAUGCUCAUCAGUUACGUAAGGUGGUAACAUUUCAAUACGUUUAAGCCUUACUCGAAAACAUCAAAAAA